CGGAUGGGCGGGUCCGGUUCUCCUGAGCUCAGGACACCUGCUGGACCAGGACCGGGACCAGGACCAGGACCGGGACAAGGACCGGGACCUGGACCUGGACCUGGACCGGGGCCAGGACCUAGACCAGGACCGGGACCAGGACCUGGACCGGGAUGAAGGAGGAGGACCAGGAGCCCGAGUUCGACCCGGACCACUUCAGGAUCGUACUGAAGGAGGAGGAGAACCAGGACCAGGACCUGGAUUACAUCGACCAGACCGGGAGGGAGGAGGAGAACCAGGAGGACCCGGACCUGACGGACGAGGACUCCUUCAAGAUCGUGAUUAAGGAGGAGAACCAGGACCCGGAUCUGAUAGACCAGACUGGGACCAAGGAGGAGAACCAGGACCCGGAGCCCGCUGGUCCCACAGCUCUGCAGAAACAGAGACACUCAAAGGUUCAUCCGAGUGUUCGUACGAAGGAGAAGAAGAGCAGCUGCGACCUCUGCGGGAAGACGUUCCCCAGCUCCAGCCGUUUGAAGACGCACCAACGCGUCCACAGCGGCGAGCGGCCACACGGCUGCGACCAGUGCGGAGGCUCCUUCGCCACGGCCAGCGCUUUGAAAACUCACCGCCGCCGGCACACGGGCGAGAAGCCGUACGGCUGCGACCAGUGCGGGAAAACCUUCCGGGCUCUGAGCACGGCGACGAUCCACCGGCUCGUUCACACGGGACAGAAGCCGCAUGGCUGCGACCAGUGCGGGAAAUCCUUCAUGACGUCCAACAGACUGAAAACACACCGGCGCAUCCACACGGGCGAGAAGCCGUUCAUGUGCGACCAGUGUGGGAAGGACUUCACCCGGGCCAGUUACCUGAAAAUACACCAACGCGUCCACACCGGCGAGCGACCGUACGGCUGCGGUCGGUGUGCGGCGGCGUUCAGCACGUCGCACGGCCUGAAGAUCCACGAGCGCAGCCACACCGGCGAGAAGCCGUACGCCUGCGAGCAGUGCGGGGCGUGUUUCACCACGCCCACCGCCCUCAAAGGCCACAAGCGCCGCCACAGCGGCGAGAAGCUGUACAGCUGCAGCCAGUGCGGCAAAGCGUUCACGGCCUUGGGUCAUUUGAUAAACCACCGGCGCCUUCACAACGGAGAGAAACCGUACGCCUGCGACCGGUGCGCCAAGUCCUUCGUGACGUCGACUCAGCUGCAGACGCACCGACGCAGCCACACGGGCGAGAGGCCGUACGCCUGCGACCAGUGCGGGAAAGGUUUCAGCAGGUCGGGCGACCUGAAGAGCCACAGGCGCAUCCACAGCGGAGACCGACCGUACGGCUGCGACCAGUGCGGCGCGGCGUUCAGCCGGUCGGACGUCCUCAGGACGCACAAGCGCGUUCACACGGGCGAGAAGCCGUACGCCUGCGACCACUGCGCCGCCAGUUUCACCAGAGCGGAUCAUCUGAAGGUCCACCGGCGAGAUCACACCGGCGAGAAGCCGUACGGCUGCGACCGCUGCGCCAAAGCGUUCGCGUCGUCCAAACAACUGCGCGUCCACCAGAAGAGAAGCCACGAUCCGAAGACGGACCGAUGAAGGUCCCGCUCACAGCUUCAGUGGUCACCAUGGCAACUGUCGGUUCAACUCUGCCGCGUUCUGUCAUGAAGAAUCGUGACCAUGAUGAAUCAGACAAACACGUUUAUUAAACAUACACAUUUAAAUGAUAUCGUUGUUUUUUCUGAAACUUGCACAAAUGAAUUAAAUAUAUUGGAACGUGAAAACGA